AUUUGACCCUUUUGUUCCCUUCUCCAUUAAGAUUCCUCACCGCUAAUCUCAUAUCUCAAAAUCGCAACCGAACGAACUCUGUUUUUCUCUUGGUAUUUACGGACACCAGUUGAAAAUGCCGACUCGCUGUGAGAUCUUCUGCGAGAUACUCCUCGCGAUCUUGCUCCCUCCUGUGGGUGUUUGUUUCCGCCACGGUUGUUGCAGCGUUGAGUUCUGCAUUUGCUUGCUCCUGACUAUACUAGGUUACAUUCCUGGAAUCAUCUAUGCUCUCUAUGCCAUCGUGUUUGUGGAUCGCGAUCAGUACUUUGACGAGUACAGGCGUCCCCUCUACGCCCCCGCCUAGUCCCUCUCGCUCGCAUGCUCGCCCUUCGCCGCCUUUAUGCAUGAGUUGAUUUCGUUUCUAUCCAAUUCAUUCCUUAUGUAUUUUGAGGGCCCGUGCUGUUUAAACUAGAUUCAGUUAAGUGAAAUGAAGAUGUUAUUUGGUCACUUGGAUGGAAGUAUUUGAAGAGAGUGAUUUAAAUUUCACUUUUAAGUUUAAUAUGGUUUGAAUGAAGAAGGGAAAAUACUAGAUUUGAUGCAA